AUGUAUAAAGACUUUCCCAUAAUAUUCGAGAGCUGGAAGGCUAUUCCAAUGGAUAAAAAAACAAAGUUUUAUGAUACGAAGAUAAAGCGCCAUUGUGUUGUUGAUGAUGCGCGUGACAAAGAUUACAUACUUGCUUCUGCUGGGAAGAAAUGGAAGGAUGGUCGACAUCACUUGUUUCAUAAAUUUUAUAAAUGGGAUCUCACUUUGGAGGAUAAUCUUAAACAUUAUCCAAAAUGCCAAGGCAUUACGGAAAACGAUUGGACCCUUUUUAGAAUAUCAACAAAAAAUGCCCAAAAUAGAGGAAAAUUAAGGAUUCCGCAUACACUCGGAUCUAAGUCGCUUGCAAGGAAGCAACAUGAGUUGGAAGUGAGAGAUGGGCGAUCAUAUAGGAGAGGAGAAAUGUAUGCAGUUUCACAUAAAAAAUCGGACGAGUCUUUUGUCAAUGAAGAUGCAUACCACAAUAAUGAAAAAUUACAAGCUGCAAUUAAGGAUUCUGUGUCUGAAAAUGAGGCAUUUCAGAAAGUAUUUGGAAAAGAACAUCCUAGAUAUGUUCGUAGUAUGGGACUUGGAGUUGCGCCGUCUCAAAUUAAUAGAUCUACGAGAUCGGCGACUUCUUUGGAAGAAAAUGAAAAAAUAAAGGAAAUGCAAGAAGAAAUUAAUGCACUUAAAGAAAAGAAUUCAAAAAUUGAUGAAUUGAUGGAGGCAGUCGCAUUCUUAAAGCAAAGGGACAAUGAUAUGACAAAGGAAAUUGAACGCUUAAGGCAAAUGCAAAAUUCUAGUGGAAGACAUGGAUUGGAAUCACCCACUGAUGGUAGACGUUCUUCUGAGUCUAGCUACCGAAUUGCAGCUAAUGGAUCAUCAAGAAGGAUAAAUUAG